AACGUUAAGUAUAAUUUAUUUUUUAUAUCAUAUUUUUUUAUUUUUAAUGACAAUGUCAUGUAAUAAAAGAGAACAUAAUGAAAGUGAUAAUGAAGAUUGGAUUGGUCCAUUACCUUCAGAAGCUGUACCUCAAAAGAAACAAAAAGUUCUGGAAUAUGAGCAAGUAUACGUAGAUAACUUACCAUGUUGUGAAUGUUAUGAAAAAUCUUAUAUGCACAGAGAUGUAAUCACUCAUAUUGUGGUAACAAAAUCAAAUUUUAUUAUAACGGGUAGUUGUGAUGGUCAUGUUAAAUUUUGGAAAAAACAAGAAGAACUUAUAGAAUUUGUAAAACAUUUUCGUGCACAUUUAAUGGCUAUACAAUCUAUGGCUGCUAGUUGCAAUGGUGUUCAUGCAUGUACUGUGAGUUUAGAUAAAACGAUUAAAAUUUUUGAUGUUAUCAAUUUUGAUAUGAUUAAUAUGAUGAAGCUGGAUUAUAUACCACUUUGCUGUGAAUGGAUAUAUUCUCCUGGUGAUGCAAUAUCUGCAAUAGCAGUUUCUGCUCAAGAAUCUAAUAAAAUUUUUAUUUAUGAUGGACAAGGAACUAAUAUACCAUUACAUGUUUUUGAAAAAUUACAUACUAAACCUGUAGUUGCUAUGAAAUAUAAUUCGAUAUAUGAAACAUGCAUUUCUGUGGAUAAAGCAGGCAUUUUAGAAUAUUGGACAGGACCUAAAAUGGAAUAUAAGUUUCCUAAAUGUGUCACAUUUGAAUCUAAGCUAGAUACAGAUUUGUUCGAAUUUGCAAAAAAUAAAACUUAUCCUUGUGGAUUAGCAAUAUCUCCAGAUGGUAAAAGAUUUGCUUCUCUCAGUGGAGAUCGAAAAGUUAGAGUUUUCACUUUUCGUACCGGAAAAUUGUAUAGAAUAUUUGAUGAAACAUUACAAAGAUUUUCUGAAUUACAACAAGUGACGCAACAAUUGCCAAAUAUGGAAUUUGGACGAAGAAUGGCAGUAGAAAGAGAACUGGAUAAAACAGAAACAAAUUUAGGAAAUAUAGUUUUCGACGAAUCGGGUUAUAUAGUUUUAUAUAGUACAAUGUUAGGUGUAAAAGUUGUAAAUUUGUAUACAAAUCGAUGUAUUAGAAUUAUGGGAAAACCUGAAAAUAUUCGUCCUAUGCAAUUAGCUCUAUUUCAAGGAAAAGCAAGAAAAACUACAGCUGCAGUGACUGUAGAGAUGGAAGCUGCAGAAAAUCCUACAUUAGAAAUGAAUCGUCCUGAUCCAACUCUUUUUUGUACAGCUUAUAAAAAGAAUAGAUUUUAUAUGUUUACAAGGAGAGAACCUGAAGAUACUAAAAGCCAAGAAUGUGAUAGAGAUGUUUUUAAUGAAAGACCAUCAAAAGAGGAUAUUAUUUCCUCUACAGAAGCUACAAAUGUACAAAAGAUUUAUGAUCAAGCAAUUAUUCAUACUGCUCUUGGAGAUAUUCAUUUAAAUCUUUUUGGAAAAGAUGUUCCGAAAACAGUGGAAAAUUUUUGCGUUCACGCAAAAAAUGGUUAUUAUAAUGGACAUAUUUUCCAUAGAAUAAUUAAAGGAUUUAUGAUUCAAACCGGUGAUCCUACUGGAACUGGUACUGGUGGAGAAAGUAUAUGGGGAGGAGAAUUUGAGGAUGAAUUUAAAUCCCAUUUAAAACACGAUAGACCAUAUACUUUAAGUAUGGCCAAUGCUGGACCAAAUACAAACGGCAGUCAAUUUUUUAUCACUUUAACACCAACUCCUUGGUUGGAUAAUAAACAUACUGUAUUUGGUAGAGUUAUAAAAGGAAUGGAAGUUGUACAAAAUAUUAGUCAAGUAAAAACAAAUCCAAAAACUGACAAACCUUAUGAUGAUAUUCGAAUAGUUAGCGUUACUGUGAAAUAAAAUUUCAAAAUUAAUAUAUAAAAUAUUUUUAUAUAAAUUUCUUUUAUGGUAUAUGUACUAUAAAUAAUAAUAAAUAUAAUAAUAAUAACAAUAAUAAUAAUAA